UGCUGCUUUGGCCAGCUGUUGCGGUGACCUUGACCGGCGUCCGGACCCACCACACGUCUCUUCCCCCACCACUGGCAGCCAACGCUGUGGGACGCUCGCCAGUAGAUUAAUCAUAUUAUGUUAUUACAUUGACCUCAAACUUAAGCUGGCACAUUUCCAAUGCUGGAAGAAAAAGUAAUGAUUGAUUAGGCACUUCAGUUUGCAAAAAAAAAAUUAGCUCUGUGGAAGAGAAAAGGAUACAAUCACUGAGAAAAUGUGUGAUAGAUGGUCAUCUCACCUUCUUGUGUUUCUUCUACUGGUAAUAUGGUCACCAGAUGAAGUAAAAACUGGCAGAGUACUUGUUCUACUGCCACACAUUGGUAAAAGUCAUUUCAUGGCAUUUGAACCUUACUUGCGUUACCUCACUGCAGUAGGACAUGAUGUUGUCGUAUACAGCCACUUCCCACUGAAAGAUCCACCCCCUAAUUACACAGAUGUGAGUUUGGUUGACUCUAGGCAUCAAGAUUUUGCCACAAAUGCUAUUCCACCAUUUUUUACACUGUUGCCUCUAAAGGCUUAUAUCACUGCGUUUUUCUUUGGGUUGGGAGGUGUUGUCCAAUGUGCAGGAGUUCUUGGCUCUAAACCAAUGCAAGAACUUAUGAAAUCUGAUGAGAAGUUUGAUCUCAUUGUUACAGAGCUUUUCAACUCUGACUGUGUGCUGCCCUUUGUACACAAGUUUGGCGCUCCCCAUAUUGCAUUAAGCUCCUGUGUCCCUGUUCCAACGUCUCUUGAUCGCUUUGGAAAUCCUGACAGUCCAGCAUAUGUUGCAAAUAUGUUUCUGCCACUUACAAAUCAUAUGAACUUUUUUGAGAGAGUUUCAAACACUAUAAUGUAUUUAUGGACAAAGGCAGUAUUUUACAUUAUGUAUGACAUACCUUCAGAAUUAGUGGCUUGGUACCAUUUUGGUUUAUCCAUUCCAAGGCUUAGUAGCAUAGCAUACAACACCAGUCUGCUGCUCAUCAAUACACAUCCUGUUAUAAAUUCUCCAAGACCAUAUGUACCAAGUAUAAUUGAAGUUGCUGGAAUGCACUUGCCAAAAGUCAAGAAACUUCCACAGGACAUAGCAAAGUUCAUGGAUGAAGCAGAAUAUGGUGUUGUGUAUGUUAGCUUUGGUUCCCUACUGAAAAUAGAUGCUUUGCCAGAUGAAAAACGUGAUGCAAUGGUCCACGCAUUUGCACGUCUCAAACAGCGUGUACUUUGGCGAUGGUCAUCUGAAUUGUAUGAACGUCCAGCAAAUCUCAUGACAAAAUCUUGGAUACCUCAGUUUGAUGUACUCAAUCACCCCAAUGUAAAAGCAUUUGUGACACACAGUGGAUUAUUGGGCACAAUUGAAGCCGUACAUAAUGCUGUUCCUAUGGUAACUGUACCUUUCUUUGGAGAUCAGGAUCACAAUGCAAACAAUAUUGUUCGACAAGGGAUAGGUAUUCAGCUAUCCUACAGCAAUUUAACAAUGGAAAACCUGUUGAAUGCUUUGAACCAAGUAAUUUACAAUAUAAGUUAUAAGGAGAACGCGAUACAGACAUCUAAGAUAUUUCGUGAUCGUCCUAUGUCUCCAAUGGAAACUGCAGUUUACUGGACAGAAUAUGUUCUUCGACAUGGAGGUGCACCACAUUUACAGUCAGCAGCUAAAGAACUCAAUAUAUUUCAGUACCUUCUCUUGGAUGUAGUGGCUGUUCUGUUGAUUUUUAGUAUCAUUGUUUUAGUAGUCCUUGGCUAUUGCUUUAAAAUUCUGCUUGCUGUAUUACGUCCCAAACAGAAACUAUUAUGAUAUAUGGACUGGUAUGAAAGCAGGAACUCACUGACAUGGAGGGUAAUGAAAGAGUGUUCUGUAUGUCAGUAGUUAAGUUUGCAAAGUUUAUGAAUUGUUCGCACUUCUGCAUCAGAAGUCAUGUAGUUUACCAGUGACUUGAACAUUUUGUUGUUACUAUUUAUUGUUAAAUGCUUCUCAAAAUAGAGGUUUAGUUAUAAUGAUCUCAAAAAUUAGCAAGUGUAUUACAGAUGGUUAAAGCUUCUCAGUUGCUGCUUCUGGUCCAUCAAUUUCCAUGGACAACAAACACCAUUCUCAUUUAGUAGCAGCUUGUUCAUUCAUAUUUUAUUAAACUGAGAUGCUGACUCUGUGUAUACUGUGGAGGUUGGUGAUUUUAGUAAUUACUAUAUUUACUGUGCAGUAUAAUUUUGUCAGACAUAAUGCCAACUAUGUUGUUAUAUGACUGGUAGUUUUUAAUUGUACACUGUCUUAUUCAGUGCGAAUUAAAGCUAAUACUACAAUGAAGAUAA